ACUAUACAACUGUGAAGGUCAAACAUGGCUGCUGACAUGUAAAAUAUCUGUUAAAUCGGAUAAAUAGUUAAGAAGAAGUGAAGAAUCAAUAAAAUCGAACAUUUUCAAGUUUUAUUGAACGUAUUAAAAAAUAAAAGAAGUUUUCUUUCUAUAUUGUAGGGAAAAAAUAAAGAAGAAUAAAUUUGUAUUUUCUAUUUAGCCAUACGAUGGAAACGGAAAUGGAAGUUGAGGAGAGUCUUACUGUUGUUAUUCACCCUUUAGACGGUAUUAUGAGCAACGACGAUUCCCAAUGGUUGGGGAGUCUAAGACGUCUUAGAGAUGAUAUAAUAGGGAAUAAGAGAAAUAAAAAGAACUACUUAAAAACACGUCUCUUAUUUAGAUUACACGAGUUUUUAGCAAGUAGUGAUACUGAUGAAGAUAUUAAAAUCAUCUCGGCUGUUAUUAUGACAAGUUUGGCUCUAGGAGGUCAAGAGAAUGCUCAAAUAUUAAUUGAAAAUGGUUCAUUUGAAAUUGUGGUUAAAGCUUUAUCAUCGGAUAAUGUUCUUUUGAUUGAAAAUUGUCUAAGAUGCUUGAAAUAUUUACUGAAGCAUCCUUCGUGCCCAAAGAAAUGCUUUUUGGAGGAAGCAUUCGUCCAAAAAUUAAUAGAUCUACUUUAUAACUCAAACACAAUAAAAGAAUGUGUUACGGAUAUAAUGUCAAGUUGUUGCAGUAAUGAAGAAUAUCAAGAUUUCCUAUGUAAGAUGGGCGUCGUUGAAAAUGUCUGUCCUCUUAUCACAUCUCCCGUUCGUCGGGUUCAAUUGUCAUCGUUAAAGUUUUUGGUUUCUCUUGUUUCUAAUAAUGAACGCGCUGCAAUGAAAGUCAAUGAAACAAUGUAUGGAAACGAAUCUAUAACAUCAAUAAUUGGUAGAUCUAUGUCAAGAGGCGAAGAAGUUGAAUUACAAACUGUUAAAGCUAAAUUUCUUACUAACAUGUACAGAUGCAAGAGUCUUGAAGCAAAUAAUCCACUGAUUGUAAAAAAGGCUUUAACUACUUUGGUUCGCAUGUGCCAAUCUGAUAAAACUUGGGAACAAAGGGUUGAAGGAGCUGAAACCCUGGCUCACUUAAUUGAAGUAGACACCGAAUUGCAGAAGACUGCAGCAAUUUGCGAAAACGUCUUACAAUCCUUAUCACAGUAUUUUAAAUAUCCUGGCAGCUGGAUAGACAAAGACUUAAUGCCGAAAGAAAAAGAUGGUAUCAUAGUUGGAAAUGAGCUAAGACAAGCUGCGUUUAAAGCUUUCGCUUCAUUGGGUGCUAAUGAUGAAGAAAUAAGAAAAAAGAUUAUCGAAACGGAGACUGUCAUGAGACACAUUGUGCAAGGCUUGAGUGAUCCCGUUGCAAAAGUUCAAUUAGCUGCAGUUCGAUGUAUGCUUAGCUUAUCGAGAUCUGUGCAGUUGCAGAGGACAACCUUUCAAGACUAUUCCGUUUGCCAACCCUUAAUGAAGCUAAUUAAAAAUGCAUCGGAUGAACUAAUGACUGUUGCAUCAUCAACUCUUUGUAAUUUGCUUUUGGAGUUCUCUCCAAGCAAGGAACCUUUGAUAAAUCAAGGUGUUGUUGAUGUACUUGUAGAUUUGAGUAAGAGGGAUGAAUGUUCACUUCGUCUUAAUGGAGUUUGGGGAUUGAUGAAUAUAGCUUUUAAAGCUGAGCAAUCUACCAAAAAAUUAAUCAUUAGCACAUUGGGUACGGAACAUUUGAAUAAACUACUGUUGGACUCUUCGGAAGUUAUUAUGAAAACUUUGGGUUUAAUUCGAAAUUUGCUUUCUAAUCAACCUCAGCAUAUCGAUGAAAUUAUGCACCAGCAUGGUAAAGAUAUAAGUGAAGCUGUGUUAAUGAUUAUCAAGAGUGAUCGUGGAUCAGAAGUGAAAGAACAAGCUGUCUGUAUACUUGGAAAUGCAGCUGACAGUGAAACAGGCAAAAAUUUCAUAAUGACUAACGAUGAUAUUUUAAAUUCUUUGAAAACGUAUAUGAGUAAUGAUAUAGAUAUAAAUUUACAAACUGCUACCGUUAUCUGUCUCGGGAACUUAGUCCAAACGGAUGAUGGAGCUAAAGGUAGACAAGAAAAGUUACGCAAUAUGGGAUUUGAGGAAUUAUUGAAAAAAAUGUUGGCUACUGAUCAUCAACAAUUAUAUGAAAAGGUGAAAUCAACACUCAGUCAAUUUCAAUCCCUUUGAUUGAUUAUUAUAUAAAAGAUUUCAUUUUUAAACAAUGAUAUAUUGACUCUGAACUUUUUAUGUUUGUCAAUAAUAAUAAAAAAAAGAGAAUCGAUUGAUUAA